AUGUCAGCCAGCCUCUUCCCAGCCCACCAGAGCCCGGGGCUUCUGGAUGAGCUGCACGGCAGAGCCCCGCCAGUGCCCUGUCCAAAGGAGCUGCUGGGCUCCUCAGUGCUGGAUUUCGUGGCCGACCUCUCCCUGAGAGCCCCUCAGGGACUCCCCGGGACCGGACCGAGCCUGGGGGUCUGCAAGGUCACCUCCGGGCCGCCCUUCGGUGACAGAAUCCUGUCCCUCCGCGAGGAGAUGGCCCGGGGGCUGCCUCUAGCUGCCUUCGGAGAUGGAGAUCCCGAAGACGAGGAAGAGGAAGAAGAGAGGAUGUGCAGCACUUCCCUCCUGAACAGACCCAGGAGAAAGCGGGUUAUCACCUACGCCCAGCGCCAGGCUGCCAACGUACGGGAGAGGAAGAGGAUGUUCAACCUCAACGAGGCGUUUGAUCAGCUGAGGAAGAAGGUGCCCACCUUCGCCUACGAGAAGAGGCUUUCCCGGAUAGAGACACUGCGCCUGGCCAUAGUGUACAUCUCCUUCAUGACUGAGCUCCUGGACGGCUGCAACAGGCAGGAGGCGAGCUAG